CUCCCACAACCCCCGCCUUGUAUUCAACCACCUUCGAUCAUCAAUCGCAGUCAGUUAAGAGUCUGAUUCAGCACCCACCCUGAUUUCUUGAGCAAGUAAAGUUGCAAUGGAUAAUCAUAUACGCAAGAUAAUUGAAGUUGUGCGAGCCAGACAAUUGCUGGCAGUUAACCUGAUUUGCUUAUUGUUGGCUUUCGUUGCACUCCGUAGACUGUCAACCAAAAAGCGUGCUAAUUUACCUGCUAGAGAUGAAAUUUUACAACGACGAUACGUACGAAAAGAGAUGUUACGCGGUCCUUCAAACGGCGGUAAAUGCCAUGACCUUAUCCGCAUGAGUGAGCACUCUUCAAGCGCAAAGAAACGUAAGAGUAGAAAAAGAAAAGUUGAACAACAAGAUGAAGAUUUAGCCUCUAUGAUUAUGAAUAGUGUUGGUAGUGUGGCUAAUGCUAUUUUAGAAGGCAAUAAAAUUAUUCAGGAGAGCAAUAAAAUACUAGAAAGAGCUUAUCGUCGCGAGUACACAUGUGAAGAAAUCUAUAAUGAACUGGAGCUGAUGGGUUUGGAAUCGCAUGAAAUACCAAGGACUUUAAAUUACUUGGCGGCCAACCAAGCAAAAGCAAGGGCGCUAUUUAGUUGUCCUCCUCAGAUACGGUUGGGUUUACUACGAGAUAUGAUGGGUUCUGGUAACUAAGCGAGUUUAGGAUACAUAUAUCUAGUUGAAGUUUUUCUUGUUUGGCAACUUUGUACAUUUAUGACUUUUAUUUCUUUGUUGGGUAUUUUACUAUAUGUUUAUGGAUCUUGCUUUCUCAAUGAUUUUGUUUCUUUC